GAAUCACGAAAAGAUGAUCAGUCAAGAAAUACGACUGCUACGUCGUGCCGCUUCCUGCGUCGAUCCCAUGGAUAACUCUGAUCGUGACAGAGCUUCCCCGUUGCUAUUAAAAUGAAUUUCGUACCAGGCUCCGUAAAACAGAGGGUUUUCCCCAACAGGAUAUUGUGUAAAAACCAACUUGGUCAUUCUUUUUAAAAUAUUAAUAUUAGACUUAAAUUGUUUUAAAAAAUCCCGGCCCGAAGGGAUUUUUCAUCUUUUACAUUACAAGACGCAACUGCGUUUCAAGUGUGGACACAUUUCCGGCUCCAGUCCACAGAGGUCAUCUCUUUUGUUGAUAUUAUAGUAACCAUGGCCUUGGAUUAUUAUUUUUUUCUAACCCUCUAAAUUCAAAUCGGUUUUAAGCCAUUGAUACGGAUUAUCCCGUCCAAUGUGUUAUACCAGCUGUCACUUUUUCGAGAAACACACAACUUUCUUCGUGAAUGAGAUAAUUUAAGGCCGGAUAUGUCGAGACUUGGUAGAAGAAGAAGAAGAAAGUCCUUGAAAUUAAAUGGCCAUAAGAGAAAAGCUCGUCGUCUGCGGCCGGAGAGAGCUCUCUGGCGUGCCCACCUUUUCUACCUGUGUUACAAUCCGAGACGCGUCAAGGACGGACCACUUUCACUGGCGGACGUGUAUACUGUGUGUGCAACCGACCAGCCGCACAAAAAAUCGUGACCUAUUUUGACCCGGAUUCAACCUACUUUUGCCAAGUUUUAGAUGAACAACAUCAUCCCCCCUCUUGAAAGAAAAAAUAAGUUGUAUCGGGUCAUUCAACCUUAUUUUUUGGGGGUUUAAAUGUGAGUGGGAAUUUUUUUGAAACCAAAUUUGUGUGUUUUUCUGGGGGGGUCACCAAACAACAACCCUUGGGAGGAACCUGUUUAUAUUUCUCUUUUAGACCUGGACAUUUUUGAAGGCCUUUUUACCCUUAAAGAAAAAAUCGAAAAGAUUUGUCUUCUUUUAUUUUUGGGAAAGGGAAGAAUCUGUUUUUGGAAAUCGUCGAAGAAGGGAAAACGGACUGUGAGAGGGGCUUGGCAGUCACAGGUAAAUGCGCCAGCAGCGCCACCGCCAAAAUUUCCAGGUGGGAGGAAACUUUCACGCGCCGAUGGGAGACUACAGCAGCAGCAGCAGCGAUAGACAAGAAGGGAAAAUCACCGUUACCUAGCCAAACUCUUCUCAUUCGAGUGGCCCUACUCGGACAGAGCUGUUGACUCUGUGAUCGAAUUUUUAAAAGCAAAAGAAAAAGUUGAUUAUUAUUUCCAAUGCAGGUGUUUUUCUAAAUUCAAAAAGUGCGUUUAUUAUUUUGUGGCGACCAUUUUCGUUCAAACAAAAACGGACUUGACUCUUUAUAUUCCGCAGUGGACCAUUUAGUGUGUGACUCUGGAUUUUUGUUAUUUUCAUUCAUUUUGAUUGAAAACGUUUGCAAUUUGAGCUCAAAGAUGUCGCGGCAUUCGUACCAUCGCGAUUCCCCUUUAACGAACUCGACGUUGAGGAAGACCAUGUCUUUUGACAACACCUCGAGCGAAUUUUCCCAGCAGAGCGUCGUGUUCGCCAUGGAAAAGUUUUCGAGGGCCGUGGCCAAUAUGGACGAAACGGUGAUGGUGCCGUGCAAGCUGAUGGACGUCCCGGUGGGCAGCGAUCCCGAACUGGACACUCGCGUGCCACGUCGUUCACGAGCCAUGAUUCGCGAUAUGCAAUCGGCCGAUUUGCACAGUCUUUACACGAUGCUCAAUUCAUUGAAAAACGAAUUGAUUUGGGGCAAUCGCACUUGCACCGACAACAGCAGCGCCAACAACCAAAAUAGCAGCAGCAGCAACAACAACAGUCAGAGAUCUAGCAGCAUGGUUCGACGACCGUCUGUCAAUUCCAUGACUUCGAUGGCCUCCUCUUCAUCAACGACGUCAUCUUCAUCCUCAUCAUCUUCAUCUUCUUCUUCAUCAUCAUCUUCUUCAUCUUCAUCCGGAACGGGGGCCAGUUACAGCGACAGCGACUCCGAGUCGGGACUGAUGGAUCACGAGAGCAGCACGGAAGAUUCCGGCGUUGAACGCGAGCCGGAUGGUGAAGAGUGCGUUGAACGGAUGGCCGAUCAAUUCCGCCGGCACUUGCUCGGCCUUCAUCAGUGUUUGGAACACAUGGCCGACGCCGCCAAUUAUCUCACCCACCGCUACCACGUCGAAAUCGGAAGUGCCGAUUGAAUUCUUGGCAACAACAACCACGUAAUAAUAACAACAACAGUAGCUGCCUUUCUUAUUUGACGGCGUUUCCAUAAUUCGCGUUACCCCACAACAACAACAUCUGUCUCAAACAUUUAUUAUUCAUUAAUUCAUUAAAAAAUGUACACGAUUAUUUCCGCUUACCCCCCUCCUGUCUUUACUCUUUAUCCAUAAUUUUUUUUUUUUCAAUAUUACAAAAAAAUAAGGGAAUUUAAAAAAACAAAAAUUCGAGAGAAAUUAACCAAAGUAGAGUGUGUACGCGUGAGUUUAACAAUUUUUUUUUUUCUUUUUUUUGUUUGGGUGUAUUUUUUAAUAUAUUUGGUUUUUGGUUUAAUUUGCGACGCGAUUCCGAAUUUCGAGUAAUGUUCCGCAAGAGAAUAGCGUGUGUGUGUGUGUAAAGAUUGAAUGAAUGUGAUUCUUGUGAGUGUGUGUGUGAAGCGAUUCUUUUUCUUUCUUUUCCAAUUCAUCCGGCGGAGGGGAAAUAUAUCCAUGGAAAAACAAUUCUUAAAAAUGUAGAAAUUUUUUUUUUAAAUUCUCCGCCAAUUUUUCCAAAAUUCGAUGAUAAAAAUUAAAAAAUUAAUUUUUUUUUUUUAAAUUUUCAAUUAUUUUAAAAUUAUAUGCUGUAUGUUGUUUUUUUUUAAAUUUCUGUUGUGUUAGCGCACCUUUCGGUCCUUUUUUUUCUCCGAAAAUAAAAGGUGACGCACCACGUCAUUUUGAUUUGCUCACGCGUGUCUAUGGAUCACGUCAUAGGCCAGAUUUAUCAUGUGUCGAGUAUAUAGGGAGAAUCAUUCAAGAUUUGGGGAGAAAAACAACCGGAAGAAAGAAAA